GACUGCGGACAGAACAGGGGAUGACCAGAGACUGCGGACAGUACAGGGGAUGACCAGAGACUGCGGACAGUACUGUCAGGGAACGAGGAGCCAGACACACAAGGAGACAGGACACGAAUGCAAUGGACAGCCACAAACAGCAGACUUAUAUGUGAUAAGCCCCCACCUCCUGGGGGAGGAGACGCAGAGGGCUGAAAGUAUAAAGGAUCCCACAACAUUGCAGACACCUAAGAUGGAUGCCAGCACAUGGAGCAGCACAAGGUCUGAGGAAAGGUAGGACCUUGACAAGUACAGGGGAUGACCAGAGACUGCGGACAGUACAGGGGAUGACCAGAGACUGCGGACAGUACAGGGGAUGACCAGAGACUGUGGACAGUACAGGGGAUGACCAGAGACUGCAGACAGUACAGGGCAUGACCAGACACUGUGGAC